AUGGGAAACACGCGGAGUAAAGAAGAAAAAAAAGAAGCAUCAGUUCUUCGUAAACCUCAACAAGGCGAAGCCAGUGAUUUUUAUUGGGCAUGUCGAAAUGGUGACCUUGAUUCUGUUCGAAAGAUCUUUUUUUCAACUGAUUUUAUUGAUAUAAAUCAACUUGAACCCAAUGGAAGUACAGGUUUACAUGCAGCUUCCUAUAUGGGUCAUUUUCAUGUUGUUCAGUUUCUUCUUCAAAAUGGAAUUUUCCGACAUCGAAUAAAUCGAUAUGGUCUGACAGCAUAUGAAGAGACUCACAAUGAUGAGAUUCGUGAACUGUUUCAUCGUCCAUCCAAAUCACAGCGAUUCUCUACCAAUAGAAUAGAAGAUAUUCAACGUCUAUUUACUUUUCAAAUCGAAGAGUUAACAGAAGACGAUGAUACGCCACCCAAUGAUUGGAUUGAAAAAGGAAGUGAAGAAAGAGACAUUGUUUUUGUACGAGCAGGUUUUAAUUCUAUGAAAACUGUAUUAAAUUCAUCUAUUUGGCGACCAAUAUUGACGACUUUCUUGAAGCGAACUGGAUAUGAUCCUGAUCUCGCUGUCAAUCUCAACGAAAAAGCAGCUUUACAAAAGAUACAACAUCUUAUCGAUGCUUGUGUUACUUCAUCACAUCCGGAUUAUAAGAAAGCUUGUGAACUUCUUGCUAAAUAUGAUAAAUCCAAGAAUGUUCAACAUCUUAUACGCCUUUAUUCACUUGAAACACCAUUUUAUCAACACUUGGGCAGAGGUACAAGUGCCGAUUGUCUAUUGUUCCCAAUUCUUUUUAAACUCGAUACUUUGAAAAAUCGUGGUUAUCAAGGUUGCUCUUAUCGUGGUUUAACAAUGACUAAAAAAGAUCUUCGAGCAUAUAAAUGGGCAUUUAAACAUAAGACUAGUAUUCUCGUGACCAACAGUUUUUGUUCAUCAUCCGUUAACAAAAAUGUUGCAUUGAGUUUCAUUGGAAAUGUCUCUGAAGAGAAAAUUGGAGUUUUAAUGGUUUUCAACUUUGCAGAAACAUGCGAUACAGCUAUUCAACUGUUUACUUUAUCGAAAGAUUUACCUGGAAUAUCUGAUUUCGAAGAUGAAAGAGAAGUUCUUAUCUUACCAUAUACACUCUUUCAUGUAACGAACAUUGAUACUGACAAAACUACUAUUCAACAAACAAUCUAUCUUGAAAAUAUUACGACAAAAGGAGGACUUUUCUCGUUGUAUAAAGCUGCUUGGAAGUGUGAGCAGAAUUCUAAAUAA